AUGUACAAGAUGCAACUCUUGUCUUGUAUUGCACUAACUCUUGCAGUCGUCACAAACAGUGCACCUACUUCAAGCUCUAAAAAGGAAACUCGGCAACAACUGGAGCAAUUGCUUCUGGAUUUACAGAUGGUUAGGACCAUAGUUCAAAAUCAAAAGACCUCCACAUUCUCCAUGAUGCUCAUAUUUAAACUUUAUGUGCCUACAAAGGUCACAGAAUUGAAACAUCUUCAGUGUCUAGUGGAAGAGCUCAAACCUCUGGAGGAUGUGCUAAAUGUAGCUGAAAGCCCAGAAAACACCAGGGAAUUAAUCAGCAAUAUCAAUGUAACAGCUCUGGAGCUAAAGGGAUCUGAAACAACAUUCAUGUGUGACUAUGAUGACAAGACAGCAACCAUUGUAGAAUUCCUGGACAAAUGGAUUGUCUUUUGUCAAAGCAUCAUCUCAACACUGACUUGA